GAUACGUCAGUUUAGUCAGUUCAGUUGAUGUUUGAGGACAUGUUUGGUUUGGACGUUUUGGUUAAUACAGAAUUGUUUGUGGGAGAUUAGUAAAUAAAUAAGAGUUUUUAAUUUUCUUUUAUACUUUUAUUUUCAUUUGAAGUUUAUUGGGUCUUACUUUGGACGUAGACAAACAAAUAUAUCAUAGUUGUAGUGUGAUUUAAUAACUUUUACUAUUCCAAAACAUUUUAAGUGGCAGUAUCAAAAGUUUUGAAUUGUAAACGUAACCUGUGGCUAACAUACCGUGUGUGUGUCAUGUACUGUGAACUCUAACAUAAACGAUACUUGAGUUUCUAAGAUUUAGAGUGGUCAAGACUUGCAGAGAGUGUCAAUAUGAAAGACGUGCUUAAGGUGUUGAGGACGAACUGUUAUUUUCUUACAGUGCUUUCGCAUGUGCGUUGCAGCACUUGAAUAAGUAGAAAAGUGAUAUAAGACUGAGAAUGAGGGAUCAAAGGUGAAGGAGCGUCAGUAAUCACCGUGGAGCACCUGGUGGGAGGCGGUGGCGCGGGCGGGCUGCUGCCCGGCGCCUCGCCCGCCCAGCAUCCGCCGAACAUGCUUCAGCCCAUGGAAGAGAUGAUCUUACCACCCAAACGGCAAGCUGUUGUUGAUCGACUCCGGCGUAGAAUAGAGACGUACCGGCGGCGGCAGUCAGAAUGUGUGCCGCGAUUCGACCAGUCAUUCACCGGAGCAUGCGAGCAGCAGAACUUGGAGACCAGCGCCCUGCAGAAGCGGUUCCUCGAGGGCAAGGCGAAGCGGCAGGCCAAGAAGACGGACCGCAAGCCGGACCUUCCCGCGAUCAGUAGCAAUCUGCACAGCAGUGUGCAUGUGAGCUGUCAACAAAAAUUCGGUUGCGGAGACUACGAACCGCCGGCGAAGUUGCAGUGCGGAGGGACCGGAGGCGGCGGCGCGGGGGAGGGCCUCACCAAGUUCUCCGUGGAAAUAGUGCAGCAGCUAGAAUUCACCACCUCCGCUGCGGACUCCCAACCGCAACAAAUUUCCACCAACGUGACCGUUAAAGCUCUCGCCAAUGCCGUUAAAACUUCCGGCUCCCCGCCACCUCCUCAGCCGCCUCGUGUCCCGUCGCCGCUGGACUGCGAACGAGAAUGCAAAGCCGAAUGCAAGUCAGAAGUGGCCGACGAUGAGUUUGUAGGGCUAGACGAGUGUGCGGCGGCCUUGGAACGCGAUGCCGCGUCCGCUUUCCCUGGCCUGGCUGAUCUGAUCGGCGAGGACGAUGGCGACGAUACGUUUGAAGACUUAAUAACUGAAAUAUCGGAAUACCCAGAGUUCAUGAAAGAUUUCGAUCUGGACGCGGGCAAGCUGAACGGCGGCGGCGGUUUGGCUAAUAGCUUAGAGCCGAACGAGGGUGAGGCCGCGAGGCCUUACAACGGCGGCGAGAUGUCUCCGGCGGCUCAGACGUUGAAGCAUAUGGCUGAGCAGCACCAGCAGGCGGCCGGCGGGGACUGGUCGCGGUACCGCGGCUACAGCGGUUACCGGCCGCGCCCCCAGCAGCCCACCAUGGACCACCUCCACAUGUCACAGCAGCAGCAGUUACAUCUCACUCAGCCUCAUCACAAUCUACAGGUGUCGGCGGCGCAGCAUAUGCAAGUGAACAGCGGCGGCGCGGGCGCGGGCGCGGGCGGGCACGUGUCUGUGGCCGCGCAGCAGGGCAUGUAUGCCAGCUUCCAGCACCAGGGCACGCCCUCACCGCAGCAUCAUCAAGGUAGCGGUUGCGAUACGUACUCGGUGUCGCAGUCGCAGAGCCUUAACUUCUCGCAGGCGAUGCGCAAUCGCCAAGCUCCGACCCAGCAGCAGCCAGCAGCACAACCACCGCCUCUAGGUGUAGCAGCAGCCGGCAUCUCCAAAAAAUUAUACAAUUUCCAGAUGCCGAAUAUUCACAUGAGCCAGUCCCAGAGUAUGUCGAUGCAAGCGGGCAUGGGCGGCAUGGGCUCGCAUCAGACCAAUCCCAUGCAGAGCAAUCCUAUGCAGAACAACCCCAUGCAGGCGCAGACCGGCUCCAUGCACGCCCAGACCAAUCCCAUGCAGAACUCUAUGAUGAGUCAGAACAACACCAGUCACGCCUUCCCCUCGCUCCACACGUCUUCCUACUCCGCACCAGCAGACUUCAACUUCGACUUCCUCGACAACAUGCCUUCCUCCGACACAAGUAACCUCACCGCUCAAGAACUAUUGAACUCUCUAGAUAAUUCCUUCCUUAAUGAUAUUCUGUAGACUAUUUUAAUGUUUUAUAACAUAUUCGAUUUAUUGAGAUUUUAUUUAAUCAGUGAAAGAUAAUGAAAUAACUUGAAAAGUAAUAUAAAUUCAAACUUACCAUUCUUGUUUUUUCGCAAUUUUUUAAAUCAAACUUAUAAUUUUUUGUUUGGUUAUAAUUAUAACCACUGUUUAUAUAAAAUAUCACCAAUUGAAUGUGUAGUACAUUUAUAAGUGAAGUAGAAAAUUCCGUUUUGAUGAUUGUAUCAAUUUGAUAUAACGACCAAUGUUAAAUCACGACCAAAGUUAUUCAAACAGGAAUUUAACAUCGGUAUUUCAAAAUUCUAUAGAACAUUUAAGUAUUGAAUUUGUUCCGAACACUUCGGACACUGUUUUAUAGACUAUUUAUUGUAAAAUAUCCAUUUCAUAGUAUUUAUAAGAUUUAUUAUUGUUAAUAUGUUUGUAAAUAUUGUAUUGUAACGCUAAGAUAUUUGUUUAUAAUGAACUUAUAAAUAUAAACGGUAGUCAAAGAUAACUUUCGCUUAAUGUUAUCAUUCUUUUUAUUAUUUUUCGUUGCAGAAUAGUGUUUAUACAAUUAUAUACAAUGUAUUUAUUUUGAAAUAUUUCAUAUAGCGAUUUAAUAGCACAAAAGACAUUACACCGAUUUUUAUUUACUUUGCUACUUCUAUUUAUGAGAAGUGAAUGAUUUGGGGCAAUACACAAGAGUUGAAGCAGUGAAUGAAUGAAUGAAUGAUAUAUGAGAUACUGAAAUUCACAUUUAAAUUUCACUUUGGGACCUACACUUAGCGAAGGCGGGAACGAUACAAGCUUGACUUACAAAUAAAAAUAUAGUAAUUAUAACAAACGCGAUGUUAUUAAGAAAAUUAUUUAAAUAUUUAGGUGAAAAAAAAUUGUUAAAAAUACGAAAUUAGGAUAUUUCUCUUGUCUUAUAGCUUUAUCUUCCAACUUGCUUUUAAAUAUCUAUGCAAAUUUUAUAACCUAUAUGUUAAAAAUCAUAAAAUAUGUGUAACUUUGAUAAUCACUUUUUAUUGGCGCACAAUAUAGCUUGAAUUUAUUAUCAAAAUGUAAUGUUUUAGGAUAACUAUUGAUAGAUUGUUCCCGCCAGAAAUAUGCUUUCUUACCGCGCUGUAGAUCCGAUGGGAUCUGUCCGCCUCGAGAAUGGCCCAAUCUAUUCGUAUUGCGAAAUAUAAAUUUUAUCGACUUAAUAAAUGUAAGUUUUUAUUUUAAGAUCAUUCCUGAACCUAAGAUGUAAUUAGUAGAUUUUACUGUGAUGUCGGUCUCAAUGGUCAUUAGAUAAUUAAUAUAGUAUCAAUUAUUAUAAAUAGAUAGAUUAUUGUUAUAGUUAAGGAUCUCAUGUAUCAUUUAGGAUGGGGUUUGCGGGAUUCUGGAAUUAUCAGGAUUUUGGUUUACUUUAUAUUUGAUUCUUUUUUAUUAAAUUUGUAAUUUAUACUUAAACAUUUUUAUAUUUUACAUUUUAUGACAAAUUAAUUUAUGAGUACAUAAUUGUAUUUAUAACUGGGUAGUAUAAGAUUUAAAUGAAAUUUACCAGUAGAAUAUCCCUUGUAUCGAAGCCUGCAAUAAGCUCUCUGUUGAUGUAAACCGAUUGUGAAUUAUAGAAAACAUUCCAGAGCGAUUGUUAACACUGUUUUAACUUUAGGACCAAUUUUUGAAUGUUCUUUUGAAAAUAAUAUUGCAUAUUGAGUAUC